UUGGACGAUGAAGCCAUCGGAAAUUUAUUAGAAGAUUCCGAUAUGGUGGACUUCAUACCUUCCGAUUAUGAUUUCGACGAUCCGGAAUUCGUACCACCAGAAAGCAGUAUGAGUUCUACGGAGGAAGAAAUUGAUGGACUUGAUAUCAGAGAAAAAAAAGAUCAAACGCCAGUUCAAAAACAGUAUUUAAAGCAAUUGAAGGAAGAAUUAAAGAAACGAAGAGAAAAAGGCAAAAAGGACCUCAUUAUUAAAUAUAUAAAAGGCACACCUUCAAUUGCUAUUGGAGUCCUUGGUGCACACUGUUUUGUACAGGCAUCUACAGAAAUAUAUUACUGUGGAUCAACAUGGGUUUAUGGCUAA